GACUUGGACCACCAUGUUCAACUUACUCGUUAGCUACUUGACAACUGCACUCAAUUAGUCUCGCGCUAUCUCGGAAUCUCUACCUCUCGCCUCUUGCUCGAGGCGUUCAAAGGGGGCGGUCUGUGAAGGCGGGGCCUCCAGAAGCCCCGCCCCAACGCCGUCGUGCGCUUCUGCCUCGUUUAGCCCAGCCCGGCCGGGUUACGGAGCGCGUGAUUGACACGGACCAAAGUUAUCCCGGAAUAAAGGAAGCACGCAUGUGCCAUCACACCGGAUGUGAACAUGCUUACUUGCGCACGCUUCCCAGCCUGCGUUACCCGGGAACUCGCUUUGUAAAAAAAAAGAAAAAGCUAGAACCCGUGCCGAGCCGUGCCGUGCCAACUUGUCCGAUCCGUUCUGCGGCUUCCAGAGCUGCAGAAAGGGGAAGGGGGAAAGGCCGUCUUUCUCCCCGCUUCCCCUUCCAAUGAAGUAAAGCGUUAGGCUUCCCAGCUCCAGUAAAUCGAACCAAGCCAAGCCCGUUCCAGUCCCAGAAGGGCUUCUCCGCGAGGGUCGAGCAAUAGUUGCCUUGCGCGCCGCUUCAUGGCUUUUCGGGUCUCCCCUCGUGCGCCUUUUUUCUUCUGGGCUUUGAGUUUAUCCUUCGAUCCUUAACGGGGAGGUGGGCGCGGCGGAGAAAUUAAGAGCCGAGGAAGCAUGGAUUUUCGAGGGAAGAAGUACGAGCGGGGCACUAACUGGUCAGAUCCUGAGGUGGUGGAGCUUUUGCACCUGUGGGCUGACGAAUCGGUGCAGGCGGAGCUGGAGAGCUGCCUGCGGAACCAGCACGUCUUCAACCGGAUCGCCGAAGUGCUGCGCGAGAAGGGCAUCCACCGCACCGGCGAUCAGUGCCGGGAGAAGAUCAAGAAAAUGAAACUCGAGUACCGUCGCAUCAAGGACAACAACAAGGCUCCGCGUGGGGGCAGGACGUGGAAGUUCUACGAGGUGAUGGACCGCGUCCUGGCCAGCCGGCCUUCGCUCGCCUACAGCGCCACCGGCAACAGCAACGGCGGUUACGUGUUGGCGCCGCAAGGGCUCCCUGGCGGGGGGGCAGAGAGCUACCAUCCUCACUUGGGCCCCUCUUCGGCGCUGACCUUCCCACCCUCUCAGCCUCCGGAGCUGAUGGAGAUCAAAUGCGAGGAGGUGGAUUCAGAGGGCCAGUGCUUGACGCCGGAGCCUCUGCCUUCUCUCACUUACCAGCCGGGGGGCUCUGCUGAGGAGCGCGAGAUAGACAGGGCCUUCGUGGAGAGGUCCCAGAAUGACUCUCCCAUCUCCAGGGGGGAGAUCCCCAUUGAGACCACUGUCUCCCUGUCAGGUUUCAGUGAACCCAACGCAGCUUCCUCCUCUCGGAUCCAAAGUCUAGGGCCGUGGCCUGGUUUUUCUACUUUGCACCGCUUGCGGAAGAAAAGGAAAGGCCAGCGGCUGAAGGACCCUGUGGAUGCCCUGCUGUUGAAGACUUUAAGUGCACAGCGGGAAAUGGAGGAGCGCUUUCUGCAGAUGGAGGAACGCCGACUCCAGCGAGACUCGGAGGCGGAGGAGCGCCGAGUCCAACUGGAGCAGCGACGCUUUGAAUUGGAACGGGAUCAUGAUUUCCGCAUGUUCAACAUCUUCGCCCAAAUGCUGAACAUCUUGAAGCAGGGCAAUCAGGGCUCUUCAGCAACUGGAGUGGCUCCGAAUGUGGACCUUAACCAAGCCUUUUCCAGUACCACAGAAAUAGGAGAACGGCUGUCGGAAGAAGCCAAGGCCCUCCAGUUAGGGCAAACCAGACUGGACAGGAUAGACAGUGUGUACACUUCCUGCUACCGUGCUGAUUUUCAAAGCAGCCCUUACCUCUCUGUCCGAGGCAAUAUGGUUAAUAUUGUUGAGACCUCAGAAGAGGGGUACGAGGUCUACCAUGCUGACAAGUAUGAUGAGGAUAAAAACCCCAGCGGCAUUAUUAAUUUGGGUACCAGUGAGAACAAACUCUGCUUUGAUCUAAUGUCCAAAAAGCUGACACAGAGUUCCAUGAACCUCAUAGAACCUUGCCUGCUGCAGUAUCCUGACUGGAAGGGCCAUUUGUUUGUGCGAGAGGAAGUGGCUUGGUUUUUGACCUAUUACAGCAAAGCACCCGCACCUCUCAGAGCAGAAAAUGUGAUUCUGCUGAAUGGCUGUGGAUCUUUGUUUUCUACUUUGGCUAUGGUUCUGUGUGAUCCAGGAGAGGCAUUCCUGAUUGCUACUCCUUUCUAUGGAGGAAUCACCAGAAAUGUGUACCUGUGUGGCAAUGUCAAGUUGGUUUAUGCCUAUUUAGAUAGCCAGGUCACUGGCAGUUGCACUCGUCCAUUCCAGCUUACGGUGGAUAAGCUAAACAAGGCCUUGCAGGAUGCGCAGUCAGAGGGUAUCAAAGUAAGGGGUUUAAUUCUCCUGAAUCCACAAAAUCCCUUGGGGGAUAUCUAUUCUCUCUCAGAGUUACAAGACUACUUGGAAUUUGCAAAAAGACAUGAGUUGCAUGUGAUUGUUGAUGAGAUCUAUAUGCUGUCAGUUUUUGAUGACUCUGCCACAUUUCACAGCGUGCUGGAAAUGGACAGAUUACCUGAUCCACAACGUACCCAUGUGAUCUGGGGGGUUAGUAAGGAUUUUGCUGUCUCUGGAAUCCGAUUUGGUGCCUUGCACACACUAAACCAAGAUGUUAUCAAGGCUGUGGCUUCGUUUGGUUACCUUCAUGGUAUCUGUGGGCCUAUGCAAUAUAAAAUUGCCCAGCUACUCAGAGACAGAGAUUGGAUCAACCAAGUAUACUUACGGGCCAACCAUGAGAGACUGAAAGCUGCGCACACUUUUGUGACAGAUGAACUCAAGACCCUUGGAGUUCCCUUCCUCAACCGCAGUGCAGGUUUUUUUAUAUGGAUUGACUUCCGAAAGUAUUUAAAAAAAGGAACAUUUGAAGAGGAAAUGCUACUCUGGAGGCGCUUCCUGGAAAAAAAGGUCUUGCUCUCUCCUGGUAACUCAUUUGAGUGCAAUGAGCCUGGCUGGUUCCGCAUCAUCUUUGCUGACAAGAUACAUCGGCUGCGGCUUGGGAUGCAGAGGAUCUGUGAAGUACUAGAAGAACAGGAGUGUGAAAUCCUGAAUGAAGAUAAAGAUCAGUUGUGUCAGUCUGAAUCAGAAGGCACAGUAGACAGCACAGAUGAAGUCAUCUUUGUGUCUCACCACCAGGAACCAACCUCCUCGGGGAGUUCCACCCUUGGUGAUCUGAUUGGUCUCCUUCAGCAACAAAUGCGCUCAUCUGAUUGGUUGCAGAAGAAUACAGUAGAGCAAUUUGCACAAGAGAAACCAGAAGUCUAUGAUGUUUUCAGCAAGUUAGUGGGAAAACAAUAGAGAGCAUUGGUGUGUUCCUGCAGGGGCUAUCAAUCAAGGUUCUGUUUUUUAAAUUACUUACUGCUAUUUCUUCCUAUCUAGUAGGAAACCAUUUAUUUCUUUUUAGCCUUCUUCUCAUUAUUAUGAUGGAUAGGGCCCAACUAGCAAGGGUUGGGUUUUCUGCAGUCUGUAACCUCUGUCUUAUAUUUUUGUUUUUAAUGAGUAGCCUUGUGCUCUCUUAAGCAGAAAGCAAUGGUGCCCUUCUGGUUUCAUCUUUUUCUGAGGGAAAGGGUUUUUCCACUGAAUAGAUCAUUUUAAAAGAA